GCUCGGCGGAGAAACGAAACUUGUUCAGGCGGGCCUGGGCGGAGCCGAAGGACGAGCGGGCUCUGCAGGUGCCCGUGCCCGGUCGCUCGAGAGAAGAGAGGUGCAGGUCCCUCCAGCCCCUGAUGCAGAGAAGAGCUGAAGGCAGAAGGUGCUGCUGGGCCUUCUUCCACCACUAAGACCAGGGAGACAGAGGGCGAGUUGCUGAUGGACAGAGCUCUGCCCACCACCUCGGACACCCCACCUGACACUGCAGGUGGAUCUCUCUCCUCUGUUGAGACAUGGGAGGAGGAAGAGGGAUCCUCCCUGCUGGAGGAUGUCACAGCUCCAGAGGACAGCGCCGAGCCCUCAGCUCUGCGUGGGGCUGGCGACUCUGCUGAGGUGGCUUCUCCACCCAAGAAGAAAAGGAAGAGGAGAAGAACAAAGAGACAGACAUCCAUCUCUGAAGAACAGGAUUCUCUUCCUCCUGAAAGCACUGCACCAGCUCCAACCACAGAGCUGCCUGAAACAUGUUCUGUUCCUCAAGAAACCCAAGCCCCUGGCAGUGAGGGAGCACACCCAGUUGCUGAUGGACUUACUGGUGCCAGUGAAGAUACAGCUGAAGGCCACAGGGAUUUGGCACGCCUGGGGAAGGAAGCUGGCAGCCCCAAAACAGGGGGGCUGAGCCCUGCAGAGCAGAGCAGCACAGCCAGUGGGGCGGCCCCAGCUCCCAGUGCCACAGCCCCUGGGGACAAGGAGGGGGAUGGAACAGCCCCAGGGCAUGGACAAACAGCCCGGGGUGAUGUGGAGCAAACAGCCCGGGGUGAUGUGGAGCAAACAGCCAGGGGUGAUGUGCAGCAGCCAGCCCGGAGCAUUGUGCAGCAGCCAGCCCAGGGUGAUGUGCAGCAGCCAGCCCGGGUCAGUGUGGAGCAAACAGCCCGGGGCGAUGUGGAGCAGCCAACCCGGGGUGAUGUGGAACAAACAGCCCGGGUCAGUGUGGAACAAACAGCCAGGGGUGAUGUGCAGCAGCCAGCCCGGAGCAUUGUGCAGCAGCCAGUCUGGGUCAGUGUGGAGCAGCCGGCCCGGGGCAGUGUGGAACAAACAGCCAGGGUCAGUGUGGAACAGGGCACUCGUGCCCCUGACCAGCUGCCAGCAGCCCCUGCAGAUUCCCAGGCCCGGGGCAGCAGCAAGGAGCUGCAAGGAGUGAGUCCCCCGGGGCUGCCUCCUGCCAAGGGAGCCCCCCAAAGCAAACCUGAGACCAAGACCUCCCCUGGGGCCCAGAGCCUGCAGGCUGGGAAGGAGCCCAAGCAGAAAGGGAACAGUUCCACUGUCAAGAAUGCAAACACAAAAGAGGAAAGUCAGUCCCCAAGUGAGAAAAUGAGUCAGAAACCAAGUCCAAGCCAAGGAGCUGAGGCUGCCAGAAAGAAGGAUGCUGUGGCUGCAGCAGACAGCCCCAAGAACAAAAAAGAUCAAAAGAAUCAGAAAUCUGUGGAAAAGAUUAAAGAAAGUUCUGUGGGCCGCAGUGAGGGUGUUACUGUGUAUUUCCAUGCAAUACUGUCCAAAGACUUCAAUCUCAACCCUGACAUCCAUAAAGUGUUCAUCAGGGCUGGGGACAUUCCUCCCUACGCCGAGUGGAAGGACAACAUCUGUGAGCUGAACUGCACCAGGAACCUGGGAGAACAUGGAUACCUCAUUGAAGGUGCUGUAACUCUCACCCAAGACAUCCUGGAGAAAUGCAUUCCUUACAAGUACUGGGUGAGCAGUGGAAAGGGAGAAUACGAGUUCAUUUACAAGAAGCAAGAAUCCAAUGAAUAUGUGAAUCGCUGCUUAUUCAUAAGAAAGGCCUUGCUGAACAAUGGAGAGUGGCACCAGUACGAUGACAUCGUGUGUGCAAAGCCUUCCAUGAUGAGAAACUGGUGGAACAAAUUAAUUUCUGCUGAAUACAAGGAAGUGGUGGAAGGCAAGAAAAUAGCUGCCACUGUUAUGUUAGAAAGUAUUUUCAGCAUUCUUGAAACCUGGAGUGCUGACAACCUGAAGAACUUCCUCUUCCAGCUGAGGCAGUUCCAUUCUGUUGCAGCAGCCCAGCUGCUGUUUGAGAGCAAGGCAAUAGUGUGGAGAGAGUUGAACUUCAGCACAGAGCAGGUGAAUGAUUUGCUGCUAAAACACAUGAGGAAAAUAGCUCACCCUUUCCUUGCACCAGAAGCAGCUCCAGAGGGCAGGGUCAUCCAAAGCAAGCUGGCUCUGGGGCUCACCAUCCUUCUGGUGGUUGAGUGUUAUUCACUCCCAACACACAAAGAUGACCUGCCCAGCCUGUGCAGCCUCUUGUGCUUGGAUCAGGCAUCACAACAACAUGUGCAGAGUGAGAUCCAUCACAUCAAACAGGCUUUUGCAGGACUUACCAACUUGAAGGUCGACUUGACAAACUUGUGCCAGAGGUGCAUUGAAUGUGAUGUGGAGCAGUGGGUGUGGAUCCUUCCCCUUCUGCAUUCCUUUGGUGCUCCCCUGCAGCAGGAGCACGAGCUGCUGGAGGAGGAUGUGUGGGCAGGGCUGGAAGGGCUUGCAUUCUCUGAAAUCAGGAGGAAGCGAGAUGGAGGGACCCUGCUGGAGCGAAUGAGAGAAAAGAAGUACCUGAUGGAGUUUGAUGGGACUCUGGUCAAAUCCUGGCUCUGCUUGCUGCCCCUGGGGAGCCUGCCUGAGUUCAUAAGAGAUUUCUCCAGUGACUUGUUGGUUACUCUGCAAGGUCUUGUUCACAGACUGAAGAAUGUUGACGUCUUAUGGAGAACCUCUGAGGUGAUACAGAAGCUUCUAGACACAGUGCUGCAGGCCCUGGAUGAGCCCCCAGCCAGAGCUCUGGGAGCUCGUUCUUGGCUGUGCUGCUUGUCCUGCUGCCUCAGGCUGCACGAGAUGCUCUGCAAGGCCACCAAGAGAAUGAGUCUGUACCUGAUCCCUGCCAGUACUGCCAUCCUGAUUGCCAAGGUUGCCCAACUUCAGCCCCCAGCUGUUCCAGGGGAUGCUGUGGAGGAAGUUCCAGUGGGAAAGUUGCUCCAUGGAGCUCUGAGGGAUGCUCAAAACUGGUUCAGAACCUCUUCAGACCAGAAGUUACUGCAGGAGCACCUGGACCACGUGGCCUUCUCUUUGCACCGUGAACUUGGGGCCUGGAAUAAGUUUGUGAGUAUCAGCUUUCCAGAUAAGCAGUUCACCCAGACCUGGAGGAACACUUUACUUGCAGAUCUGAAGAAGAGAAUCCAGCAGGAGCCUCCAGUGAACCAAAUCUUGGUGUACUGUUGUCGGCACUCCCAAAUCACACAGAUGGAUUCCUCCAUCAGCCAGUGCUUCCAGAACUGUGCCAUGGAGGCUGUAACUGCAGCCUGCCAGAUGCAGAACAAUCUCCUGGAGAAGAUCUCUGCCUACAACAUGCACCAGUUCAGCCAGCUCGUGUCUGCUGUCAUGGUGAAGUCGUGGCCAGUCAGGGCUGGGCAGUCUGAGGGGAACUUUGAUAAGAUCCUGCACCACCUGCUCACCUGGCCUGAUGUCAAACAUAUCUUCAGCUAUAAUGGAACAAACAGAGACCUUCUGGACAAACUUACAGAUGAAGCAAAGGAUGUCAUGGCCACAGCAGACUCUGUGCUUACAAGUGUCACUGAUGGCAUCCAGCAAGGCUCCAUCCUUGUGAAACACCUGGAGGAGGUUUUCCAGCAUCAGGAACAGUUCAUUGGCAUUUGGGAGACAAAGCACCGGCAACAACCACGUGAGGAAAAGGAGCUGCUCCUGAGAAGCCUGAAAGAACUGCUGGAGUUGAGGCACGAAGAAGUGACACAGCUCAGAAGAGAGAGCAAAGCCAUAGGAACCUUCCUGAGCAUGUGCAGGAACGUGAAGGACUCUGUGAGAGUGGUUGUAAAUGAAGUGGAAAUUCAGCACUUGGAAGAUCUUUCCUCAAAAAGACUGGAUCGGGUUGUGAUCAUGGGAAAGAGACCCCUGGAGACCUUCUACAGCCUGAGCCCAGAGCUGAAACAGUUUGUCCACAGGAUGCACUUCUUCAAGGACAGCCUGAUCUUCCAGCAGUUCUGGGAGGAGGCAGCACAGAAGGCAGGAAAGGAGUAUGAGUGUGACUAUCAGGAGGAGGAGGAGGAGGAGGAUGAGGAGGAGAUGGUUCCUGACUUGGACCUUGAUGAUGUUUUGGACACGGUGAUCCGCCCUUGCUUUGACAGCUAUGAAAUACUGUAUGAUGACCUCAGAUCAGGACACCUCACACUUGGUGCAGUUGAUAGAAUUUUCCGGGAAUUCACAAAUCAUCCUGAAAACCUCAGAGCAGAGCUGAGCACCAUCUGUGGGCUCCGGCCUGCAGAAGACAGAGCCUGGGUUGACCAGAGAGUCCAGCAGAUCCAGCAGUACCAUGAAAUGCAUUUAACCUUUGAUGCUGCCAAGAUCAUUGCCCAAGUCAAAGACAGUUUAGGCCUCUCUGGUGACUUCAGCAUCCUGGAAAACUUGUUGCAUAUAACAGAAAAGCUUGAAUCCUACAAGACCCAGAAGCUGGAUUCCAUCAGCCCUGAGCUGGUUCAGGCCAAGGAGUUGCUGCAGGGGAUCACUGUGCCCCGCCGUGGCUGUCUGAGGGAGCUGGCCCAGCAGAAGGAGUUUGUCUGCUGGGUCAGAGAAGCACUGAAAGACAUAAAUGAGCUGGAGGUGUUUGUUGACCUGGCCUCCAUCUCGGCGGGGGAGAACGACAUGGACGUGGACCGGGUGGCGUGUUUCCAUGGCUCUGUGCACGGCUACUCCUCCCUGCUCUACGAGCUCCAGCAGCACUCGGGCUUCCAGGACUUCAUGCGCUGCCUGCAGAAGCUGUGGCGAGCCCUGGACAGCGAUGAGAGCCUCCCUGAGAAACUGCGUGCCUCAGCUCAGCACCUGGAGUGGCUGAAGACAGUGAAGGAGAGCCACGGCUCCGUGGAGCUGUCCUCACUGUCCCUGGCAGCUGCCAUCAACAGCAGAGGGGUCUAUGUGCUCAGGGCACCAGCUGAUGGCCAGAAGGUGUCCCUGGACAGCGUCCUGCACUUCACCCUCCCGGGCAGCUCGGGAGACACCGACGCCUCCUGGAAGUACUCACUGGCAGAGCUCCGCGAGCUGCAGAACAAACUGAUGCUCAUGUCAGUCAAGGGAGAGCAAGGCCUGGAGGUGGAGAGGUUCUCUGAGGUCUUUUCCAAUGUCCAGAGACUUGCCCAGGCCUUUAUAGACCUUUACUCAGCUGGGAACAUGCUCUUCCGCUCCUGGCUUGCCCAGGUGUAUUGUUCACCCCACAGAGAGUCCUGUGUUCUUAUAGACUUCUCCCUGGGCCCCAUCCCACUGCUGGAAGGGCAAGGGGAUAUGGCAGCUGUGCUGCCAGCCCUCUGCAAGACCAUGGAGAGUUUCCUGGAGAGCUGGAAAAGCUUCAUGAACACAAAGCGGUUGGAGCAUUUCUACCUGAAUUACUACACUGCAGAGCAGCUGGUGUACCUGUGCCAGGAGCUGGGCCAGGGCAGCCCCAGCCAGGCUGCUCUCAUGAUGCUCUCCUUCCUCAACCACAACUGCACUGAGCCCGAUGUCCUUGCAGCCCACCUGAGCCAGGGCCCCCCCAGCUCAGGGAAGGCUGUGUCUGACUUCCAAGUGCUGCUGGAUGGGGAGAAGGACCUGAGUGCCCAGCUGGAGUGCAUCUGGGAGUGCUACAUGGGCAACAUGGGCUCCUUCCUCCCCAGCUGCCUGGACAUCGACACGCUGGGCGUGUGGCUGGAGAGCCUGGCCAGCAGGGGUGGGGAACGUGUCAGCAGAAACUUCCCCCAGGACCUGCUCUAUGUGGGCCAGCCCAACCUCAUCACCUGCCCUCGCUCCGAGGUGCUCAGCUCCGCCCUGGCCAUUUACAUGAACAGCCCCGAGCAGCCCCUGCCCACCUUCGACGAGGUGCUGCUGUGCACGCCCCACACCAGCGCCGAGCAGGUGGGGCUGUUCCUGCGCCGCUGCCUCAUUCCCUGCCGCGGGGGGAGCAAGAUUUACACCAUGCUCUUCGCGGAUGAGCUGAGCUACGAGGUCAGCUGCAGGGCAGAGGAGCUGUUCCAACACCUGCAGUGCUACAGCAGCUCCUACAGGCUCAUCAUCCUGUGCAACUGCGAGCGGGAGAACAGCUACCUGCCCUCUGCCUUCAGCCACUGCAAGGUGCACAUGAUUCCCCAGAGGUCACGGGCAGACAUCCAGCAGUACCUGCAGCAGCACUUCCGAGUGCCUCAGCCCUCCAGCUCGGCUGCAGCCGUGUUCAAGGAGCACAUGUGUGUUGGGAUUGUGUCCUCCAAGAGAGCUGGCAUGGGGAAAUCUCUGUAUGUGAAGAGGCUGCAUGAGAGGCUGCAAGAAGAGCAGCCUGACUGUACAGAACUUCUGAAAACCAUCAGGCUGAUUGAACCAGAAAUAGAUGAAGAUAAAGUACUAAAGUCUCUCCUGCCUUUUCUGAAGAGGGAGCACCAGACAAAGCCCAUGAUAUUCCAUUUUGAUAUCACCUCCUCAGUGCAGCGUGGAAUUCCAGAGUUUCUCUUCAAGCUGUUGGUUUUGCAGUACCUGACAGAUAAUAAUGGCCACAUGUGGCUAAGGCAGAAGUGUCAUCUGUACAUCAUUGAGAUCCUGGAGGUGUCCCCAGUGCCAAAGAAAGCAGCCAGACCCAUGUCAGUGAGCCAGAAGUACCAAUUCUUGGAUGUGUUCCCUAAAGUAACAUGCAAGUCUCCCAAAGAAGUGCUAGAAAUGGAGACACUUGGGAACCGUUCUGGGGGUGCUUUGGACCUGGGAAUGGACAAGGAGGAAUUCCGCAGUGAGGCUUUCCAGAGACCCUUCCAGUACCUGAAGAGGUUUGACCAGGGGUGUGACCUGGACACGUUCUGGUACGAGGAGCUGUUGGUGGAAGGCAGCCCUGCAGAAUGUCUGCAGCUCUUCCUGCUGCACUGCGGGGUCGUGGAUCCCUCCUGGGCAGAGCUCCGCAACUUCACCUGGUUCCUCAACAUCCAGCUGAGAGACUGCGAGGCUUCUGUCUUCUGCAACCCUGACUUUGUCCAGGACACUUUGAAAGGUUUCAAGAACUUUGUGGUUGGCUUCAUGAUUUUAAUGGCGCGGGAUUUUGCCACUCCUUCCCUGAGCAUUUCCGACCAGAGUUCAGGAAGACCUGAAUCCUCUCACCUGGAGAACGUUGCUGAGGAAGAUCUGCUUCCUUUCCGCAUCAGGAAGAAGUGGGAGUCGGAGCCUCAUCCCUACCUGUUUUUCAAUGAGGAUCGUGUGUCCAUGACGUUCAUUGGUUUCCACUUCCAGCAGAAUGGGAAUUGCAUCGAUGCCAUCAAUCCUCUGAACGGCAGCGUCAUCAAGAAGAACAUCAUGAGUCCCCAGCUGUACCAGGGCUUGGUAAUGCAGAGGGUUCCCUUCAACGUGCCCUUCGAUCAGCUGUCCCGCGGGGAGAAGCUGGAGAGGCUCUGCAUGGUGCUGGGGCUCUCCUGGGUGUUGGACCCCGACGAGACGUACGAGCUCACCAUGGACAACGUGCUGAAAAUCUUGGCCAUCGAGAUGCGGUUCCGCUGCAACAUCCCGGUCGUCAUCAUGGGAGAAACGGGCUGUGGGAAAACCAGGCUGGUGAAGUUCCUGUGCCAGCUGCGCAGAAGCUUCCUGGAGGUGGAGAACCUGAAGCUUGUCAAGGUUCACGGCGGCACCACCGCAGAGAUGAUCUACGCCAGGGUCCGAGAAGCAGAAGCCCUGGCUAAAUCCAACAAGGAGAAGCACGGCUUGGACACGGUGCUGUUUUUCGAUGAAGCCAACACCACGGAGGCCGUGAGCAGCAUCAAGGAGGUUCUGUGUGACCGCACGGUGCAGGGGAAGCCGCUGGCCUCCAGCUCUGGGCUGCGGAUCAUCGCAGCCUGCAACCCCUACCGCAAGCACACGGACAGGAUGAUCCAGCGGCUGGAGCUGGCUGGGCUGGGCUACCGCGUCAAAGCCGACGAGAGCAGGGAGAAGCUGGGCUCCAUCCCGCUGAGACAGCUCGUGUACCGCGUGCACGCGCUGCCGCCCAGCAUGGUCCCGCUGGUCUGGGACUUCGGGCAGCUCAACGACCGCGCUGAGAAGAUGUACAUCCAGCAGAUCGUGCAGCGCGUGGCCGAGCAGCUGGCUGGGGACGAGCAGCUGCCCAUGGCCGAGGACGAGGUGAGCACGGUCACUGAGGUGCUCUUUGUCUCCCAGCAGUACAUGAGGCAGAGGGAUGAUGAAUGCAGCUUCGUCAGCCUGCGGGACGUGGAGCGCUGCAUGGAGGUGUUCAAGUGGUUUUACAGGCACAGGGAGCUGCUGCUGAGGGAGCUGGAGAAGUACCUGGCCGAGAGGAAAGCUCCCAAGGGCAGCGGUGACAGGAGCACCGUCACCUGGGCCCUGGUGCUGGCGGUCGGGGUGUGCUACCACGCGUCCCUGGAAAGGAAGGAACCGUACAGGACUGCCAUCAGCCAGGUCCUCCCAAAGCCUUACGACACCCAGAAAAGGAUCUUGGAAGAAAUCUCCCUGAUGCAGGACUUAUUCCUGAGUGGGGUGCCACUCCGGGAUACCAUAGCAAGGAACUUGGCCUUGAAGGAAAAUGUCUUCAUGAUGGUCAUCUGCAUUGAGCUGAAAAUCCCUCUUUUUCUUGUUGGGAAGCCUGGGAGCUCCAAAUCCCUGGCAAAAACCAUCGUGGCUGAUGCUAUGCAGGGUCAAGCAGCUCAUUCCGAUCUGUUCAAGGACCUGAAGCAGAUCCAUCUCGUGUCUUUUCAGUGCAGCCCCCUCUCCACUCCAGAGGGAAUCAUAGGCACUUUCAAGCAUUGUGCUCGAUUCCAGGAAGGGAAGAACUUGGAGGAAUAUGUCUCAGUGGUGGUUUUGGAUGAGAUUGGGCUGGCAGAAGACUCUCCCAAAAUGCCCUUGAAGACUUUGCAUCCGCUUUUGGAGGACGGCUGCAUAGACGAUGUCCCCCUUCCUCACAAAAAGGUUGGCUUCAUUGGGAUUUCCAACUGGGCUUUGGACCCUGCCAAGAUGAAUAGAGGCAUCUUCGUGUCUCGUGGGGAUCCCAGCAGAGAGGAGCUCAUCGAGAGCGCCAAGGGCAUCUGCUGCUCGGCACGAGGGGCUUUGCAGAAGGUCGAGCAGUAUUUCCAUCACUUUGCAGAUGCAUAUGAAAACAUUUGCAAGGCCCAGGACAGGGAGUUCUUUGGCCUGCGUGACUACUACAGCCUCAUAAAGAUGUUUUUUGCCUUAGCUAAGAGCUCCAAAAGCGAGCCCUCACCUCAGGACAUCGCCGCAGUGGUUCUUCGUAACUUCGGGGGCAAAGAUGAUGUCAACGCCUUGGAAAUAUUCACUUCCAAGUUGCUGGAAAGAGGGGAGAUCCGUGCUCACGAUAUCAGUAGGCUGGAGCUGAUCCGACAGAACAUUUUCAGCAGCACUGAGGACGGGGACUGCAGGUACCUGCUUGUGUUGACUGAGAAUUAUGCAGCGCUGCAGAUCCUCCAGCAGGCUUUUUUCACUGCCCGACAGCAGCCGGAAAUCAUCUUCGGCUCCAGUUUCCCUAAGGACCAAGAAUACACCCAGAUAUGCAGGAACAUCAACCGAGUGAAGGUCUGCAUGGAAACCGGCCAGAUGGUCGUGCUCCUCAACUUGCAGAACCUCUACGAGAGCCUCUACGAUGCCCUCAACCAGUACUACGUGUACCUGGCCGGGCAGAAGUACGUGGAUCUGGGGCUGGGCACCCACCGUGUCAAGUGCCGGGUGCACCCCAGGUUCCGCCUGAUCGUCAUCGAGGAGAAGGACGUGGUGUACAAGCACUUCCCCAUCCCGCUCAUCAACCGCCUGGAGAAGCACUACCUGGACAUCAGCACCGUGCUGGACCAGGGCCAGAGGGAGGCGGUGCAGGAGCUGCAGCGCUGGGUGCAGCAGUUCACGGCGGUCAAUGCGGAGGAGCACUUCAUCAGGCAGCAGCACUACAGCCCUGCAGACGUGUUCGUGGGCUACCACGCCAACGCCUGCGCCUCGCUGGUGCUGCAGGGCACGCAGCGCCUGCAGCCCAGCUGCACCCCUGCCCAGCUCCUGCCACGGGUCACAGAGUGGGCACAGCUGGCCCUGCUCAACUGUGCCACCCCCGACGCCGUCAUCCGCCUGUGCAGCUCCGUGGGGGUGUUCAUGGCUCACACCUACUUCAGGCAGCAGCAGCACACGUCCUUCGCCGACUUCCUGGGUGCCCAGGUGGGCGCAGGGGCUGGGCCCCAAGUGGCAUUCACUGAGGUCACCACCUUCUCACGGCUGCUCACCAGUGCUGACAUUCCCUGCCUGGAGAGGGAGGUGCAGGGCAAGGCACAAAGGCCCCAGAUCCUGUUCCUGCAGCAGUUUGACACCGAGUACUCCUUCCUGAAGGGCAUCCGGGAUUUCCUGGAUGCUACUUCAGGAAAUAAAGUCCUCAUUAUUCAGACAGACUUUGAAGAUGGCUCUCAGGAUGGGCAGCUCGUCGCCUCAGCCAAGUACACUGUGGUCAAUGAGAUCAACAAGCUGGAGCUGGGGGAAGUCUCUGUCUUCGUUUACUUUAUCAUGAAACUUUCCCGGGUGGAAGGAGGAACAUCCUACGUGGGAUUCCAGGGAGGGCUGUGGCAGUCGGUGCACAUAGACGACCUCCGCAGGUCCAAGGACAUGACCUGUGACCUGACAGCCCUGCAGAGCCUCACCAUCAGCCAGAUGUUCUCUGAGGAUCCAGCUGCAGGCACAGCUGCAGCUCUGCCUGCCAGUGGAGAAGCACAGGAGGAGGAGGAGAUGGAGGUUGAAACAGCAGUGCCAGGAGCAGAGCACCAUGAGGGUGAGAUCCUGGACACCACUGUGCUGCUCAGGACCUGUGUGCAGAGUGCUGUGGGGAUGCUGCGGGACCAGAACGAAGACCUGAGUCGAAGCAGGAGGAGAAUCGAGAUUCUGCUUGGCUUUUUCUCCAAAGAGGAUGAGCUGAGAGCCUCUUUCCUGAGGAUAACCAAGGCUCGUCUCUCCAGCCUGUUGAAGAAGCAAGAAGAAAAUUCCCUUCACCCACAAAACUGGGUGCUUCGGGAGGCUUCCAACCUCAGUGCUCUGCAGGAGGCAGGGACCUUCAGGCACACCCUGUGGAAGCGAGUGCAGAAGGUGGUCACUCCCCUGCUGGCCCUCCUGAUCACUGUCAUAGACAGGAAUGGCAAUCUGGAGCUGCUGGCCAGGCCAGGAGCAAAGUGGGUGACAAACCUGUGGAUGUUCAUCUUCAAUGACACCAAAUUCCUGAGUGUCCCUCCUGGGGUGGGGAAGAGCAGCUCUCAGCCAGAGAUAAUCCUGGUGCAGAACAACAUGAUGGUAUCUGCUGAUGCUGGGAAUGAGAUGCCCUUCAGCUGGAGGAUAAAGGAGUACCUGGAGGAGAUGUGGUUGGAGGCUCAAUACAUCCAAAACACUGAAGGCCAUGCUGAGAAGUUUGUGGAAUACUUCCAGAAAACUGCCCUGGGAAAAUUCAUCUCUGCUCUAACUGAGGAAGAAAGGCAGAUGCUCUUUGAGUGCUACAUCAGAGACUUUAUUGUCUUGACCAUUGGUGUGUCCUCCCAGGAGGAGCUGCAGUGUCUGCAGGUGGCAUUCGUGUCCUGUGUUGAGGAGUGGGUGUCAGAGUCUCCCUGGAGAGAGGAGCUGGUGCCCACCCUGCCCUGGGUGCACCUGGCACACAACCAGUUCAAGAGCCGCCUGCAGAACCUCUCCAGGAUCCUGGCCGUGCACCCCCGUGUGACUCGCUACCUGCUGUCCCAGGCAGCCCGCAGAGCUGCAGGCUCACAGAUGGUUCUGGACGUGCUGGCUGCUGUGGGGUGUGCAGAGGAGCUGGAGAAGCAGGUGCAGACAGCCCCCCCCAAGCUCUGGCUGCAGAGAGUGAAGAACCUCCACAUGCCCAUUGAGUUCCUGUGCCAAGAGGAGGGUGCCCAGCGCCCGGGGAGCCAGUGCCAUCAGCUGCUCAGGGAGCUCAAAGCCUGCUGGAGCCGUGUGUUUGCCAUGGCACUCUUUGUGGAACACGUCCUGUUUGGGAUCCGCGCCGUGAUGCCAGAGUUCGAGAGCUUGGUGCAAAAAUACACUUUGCUUCUUGCCAAGUGUUUCCAGCACCAUUCAGACAUGAAGUCUCAUCCCACCUUUGCUGCAGUGCUGGCAGUGCUGUGCCAGUGCAAGGACGAGGUCAGCAGCAGGCAGGGUCUGGGGCCGUGUCCCAUCUGCCUGGGAGAGCCAAAGGACCCCGUCCGCCUGCCCUGCACGCACGUGUUCUGCCACAGGUGCAUCAGGCAGUGGCUGGUGCCAGCACAGAUGCACUGUCCCUGCUGCAGGGCUGCUGUGGAAAAUGAUGUGGACUUAACUGUGUCUGAGGAGCUCAGAGCUGCCAUAGCAAAGAACGCCCUGUUCCGGCAGAGGUGCAAUAAUUUCUUCAUCGAUGCAGUCACCACCAUGUGCUUCAAGGACAACAAACCCCCGGAGCCAGCGGUGAUCCAGAGCCUCCUCAACCUGCUCUUUGUUCACAGGAGCCUGGUGAAGGACUCAGAUCACCCUGCAGUCUACACCAAAUUCCUGUCCCCGUUCAAUGAUGAGGUGGAUGAAACUCCCAUCAUCCGCUCUGUGAUGCUGAAGCUGCUCCUGAAGUACAGCUUCAAUGAAGUGAAAGAUGAUGUGCAGCGUUACCUGUGCCAGGUGGAGCACAACGAGCUCCUAGAGAAAAAUGACAAAAAAGAGCUCUACUUGCUCUUUGUCAACUGCUUGGAGGAUUCCAUGUGUGAAAAGUCAGAGGACAGCCUGGGACAGGGGCAUGGAAACCUGCCUGAGGACAGAGCCUUUCUAGAGAACUACCUGGCAGGCAGCAGAGGGGCUCCUGAGGAGUGCUCAGUGGAAUACCUGCAGGCCGUGGCCAGGGUGCGCCUGUGCCUGAGCAGGGCUGCAGAGCUGAUCUUCGACCUGCAGCAGCACCCCAAGCCAGAGCAGAUGAAGGAGAAGCAGCAUUACCUGAAGAGUGUGGAGGAGUUCUGCAGCCUGGCCAGGAAUGACUGGCACCGUGUGUACCUGGUCAGGAAGAUUGCCAGCCAGCAUGGCCUGGAAUUUGCUCAGAAUUUGGUCACAGAGCCACAGUUCAGAUGGGUGUUCCCAGCAGGAAUUCUGCAACAGGUGCAGCACAGCCAGUCCCAGCACAUGGACCGGUACCUGGUGUGCGGGGAGCGGUACCGCGCCCUGCGCGACGCCGUGGGACGAGCCAUGAUGGAGGGCACGGCCCAGGGGCUGCUGCAGGCCCAGCAGGCCCCCAGCAACCCUCCAACUCUGGAAUCUGCCCACCUGCUCCUGGCCAUCUUCAGAGAGGUCACUGCCCUGUACGGUGCCAGGGAUCCAAGCCUCCAUCCCAAGCUGCAGCAAACAGAGAUGAUGACUGGGUUCAUCCAGAGCUGCCAAGUGCUGAAUUCCCCCGAGCUGCAGGUCCUUGCACUUGCCCUGGUGAGGAACACGGUGCCCAGGCUGGCUGUGAAGCCGUGGGGCAGCCAGCAGGGAGCCCUGAUGGAGAUGGCCGUGCACGCAGCUGCUGUGCUGCUCUGUGGGCACAGCCCUGUCCUGCAGCCCCUCAGGAACCUGGCCUGCCAGCCACACAGCAUGCAGCACUCAUUUCUGCCCACAAUGCCUGAGGACAUCAUGGCUCAGGCCAGGACCUGGGAGGGAGUGGGUCAACUGCAGUGGUAUGUGUGUCCCAAUGGCCACCCCUGCACUGUGGGAGAGUGUGGGAAGCCCACGGAAAUCAGCUUCUGUCCUGACUGCCACGUCCCCAUUGGAGGCACCGACCACAAACCUGUGGCAGGUUUCCAGCAAUCCAGGAGUCACGAAGACAGAACCCAGCCUGGCCACAUCCUCGGGGACAUCCAGCACAGAAGGACCCUGGGGAUGUCUGACAGGGGCAUGUCCCCCAUGGUGUUUGUGCUGCUGCGACUGCUCACUCACCUGGCAAUGCUGCUGGGAGCCUCCAGGGACCCUGAGUCCCUGGCAGGGAUGAUCAGGCCGGCUGUGGAUGAUGUGGUGAGCUUCCUGCAGCAGCACAUUCAGGAGGACUUGGCACAGCUGACCAGGACUGUGGGGAAGAGCGUGGAUGACACACUCAACAUCGUGCAUCUCGUGCUCAGCAGCCUCCUGCAGGCCCCCCAGCAGCAGCCAGGCCAGUGGCUGGUGCAAUUUGAUGAUGUUCUCUCCACCAAGGACAAGAGAAACAAAUGGGAACAAAUUGUUGCAAACACAAUUAUUAUUCCUGAAUUGAAGGAUUUGGAUAAAAAGCUUCUGAAGUUAAACCAGCAGAUACAAGAGGAUGAGAGAAUCUUUUCCAACCCCAUAGUGAAAAUAGUGUAUGGGGACCCAGGUACAUUCCUGCCCCAGCUGCCAGGGGACAGCCACAUCCACCACUCCAGGAUGUGGAGCUGCCGCAGGAGGGUCUCAGUGGAGAACCUGGGCCACGUUGUGCAGCAAAAGAACGCCAAGGACAGCGUCCCUCUCCUCUGGAAGUUCCUGCAGAAGGAAACAGAGCUGAGGCUGGUGAAAUUCCUACCAGAGAUUCUGGCCCUGCAGAGAGAUUUGGUGAGGCAGUUCCAGAACACAGCAGAGAUCAAACACUGCUCCAUCAGGGAAUUCCUCAGGGAACCACACUCAGAUGUGAUGAGGAGCCUGUUGGAGAGGAGAGUGAAUGUGUUUCUGUCUGUGUGGAACAAGCUGAGAAGCUCCCUGGACACCAAUGGGGAAAUUAAGCUGCCCAAAGGGUACUGUGACGCAGAUCUGAGCGUGGACAGCAGGCUGGAGGUGCUGCUGCCGCGGCGCCAGGGGCUGGGGCUGUGCUCCACGGCGCUGGCCAGUUACCUCAUCGGGCUGCACAACGACUUCGUGCACUCUGUCAACAGGCACACCAAGGAGGAUGACAGGUACCUGAUCAGCCCCUCGGAAGUGGCCGACCUGCACCUGAUCAGUUACGAGGUGGAGAGGGACCUGAUCCCUCUGAUCCUGUCCAACUGCCAGUACAGCAUGGAGAGGGGAGGGGAGACCUUGCAGGACUUUGAUCUGGAGAGGAUCCAGCAGCAAGUGAUCAGCAAGUUCCUGCAGGGGAAGCCACUGAUCACGCUGACGGGAAUCCCCACCCUGGUGCACAGACACGACAGGAACUACGAGCAGCUGUUCAGUGAUGUCAGGAGUAAGCUGGAGCAGAGUGCUCUGCCCAGUUCUGUGAUGAACAUGAUCAGUGGGGAGCUGCAGUCCUACAGUGAUGUGUGUGAUGCUCUGUCCCUCUCUGAGAUCACCCUGGGCUUCCUGGCCAUGGCUGGUGAGAAUGCUGAGAUGCUGCUGACUGAGUACAUCGAGCAAGUCCUGCAGAUGGGGGAUCAGACAAACCCUCACGUGCUGCAGGCCCUCAGACGGUGCCAGCUCAAGCACAGCCUGGCCCUGUGGCAGCUCCUGUGUGCCCACAAGUCUGAGCAGCUGCUGCGCCUCGGCAGGGAUCCUUUUGAAGAUCUCAAUCCAGGCUACAAAAAAGAGCUCACCCCAGAGCUUGCCAAGCUCCUGCACACCUUCCUGGUCCACUCCAGGCUGGAAACCUUCCUGCAGGAGCUCCAUGAAAUGAUCAUCCUGAGGCUGAGACGUGUCCGAGCUGUGCAGGAAUUCAAACCUACCUGGAGCCUGAAGGAAUCACUCUUGCCUUACCUUGAUGCCAAAGACGCUGACUUUGCUCAGGAGCUGGAAGACACGUUCCCAGAUGAGAUUCUUCUGUCUCAUGCCGCUGGUACCUGGAAAGCAGCUGCUGCCUUCAAGCGGGAGCACAGGGAGAGUUAGGGCAGGACCCUGCCACCACACUCCUGCUGGGACUUCGGGAACUUUGGGCAUUUCUUUGGGGCUUGCUGGUUGUUCUUUGGGUUUGGGGUUGUUGUUUUUACACCUGAUGUGAAGAGGAGGAGAGUGAAAUAGAGCCAGCAACUCCGUGUGAACCCUGGAUCGUCACAGCCCCAGAGCCACUGCAGGAACAUGAAGGACUUUUUUUUACAAAUUAUUUUUACAAACCACGCAGGUGCUGGGACAGGAUUUAUGUUUUCCAGCCUGUCUUUCUGCUGACAGGAGCUGUCAGCACCGGCUGCAGCCCCGGCUCCGGCCCCGCUCCUCCCGCUGCGGCGGCACCGGGCCGGGAGAUGGCAGCGCUGAGGGCCGGGCCCGCUUCCCUGCCUGCCCUGGGCCCGCCACGGCCGGCUUCUCCCCCUCCUUCCCAA